AUGGCCUCUCCCGCGCAGUCCACCGGCUCGACCAAGGUCGACGCCGUCAUCCAGAAUGUCAAGGCUGCUGAGCCCCAGAAGCUGUCCGGCGUCGCGCUGUACUCGCGCUUCGCCCUUGCCGGCGCCAUCUGCUGCUCCGUCACCCACGGUGGUCUCACCCCCGUCGAUGUCGUCAAGACCCGCAUCCAGCUCGACCCCCAGACCUACAACCGCGGCAUGAUCGGCGGCUUCCGCCAGGUCAUCCAGAACGAGGGCGCUGGCGCUCUCCUCACCGGUGUCGGCCCUACCUUCGCCGGUUACUUCCUCCAGGGCGCCUUCAAGUUCGGCGGUUACGAGUUCUUCAAGCAGCAGUGCAUCAACCAGCUCGGCUACGAGACUGCCUCCAACAACCGCACUGCCGUCUACCUCGCCUCCUCCGCCGCCGCCGAGUUCUUCGCCGACAUCGCCCUCUGCCCCCUCGAGGCCACCCGUAUCCGUCUCGUCUCUGAGCCCACCUACGCCAACGGUCUCAUUGGUGGCUUCUCCAAGAUGCUCAAGAACGAGGGUAUUGGUGCCUUCUACGCUGGUUUCGGACCUAUCCUCUUCAAGCAGAUUCCCUACACCAUGGCCAAGUUCGUUGUCUACGAGAAGGUUGCCGAGGCCAUCUACCGCUCGUACCCCAAGAAGGACAUGUCCGACGGCCAGCAGACCGCUGUCAACCUGGGCUCCGGUCUCAUCGCUGGUUUCGCCGCCGCCAUCGUCUCUCAGCCCGCCGACACCAUGCUCUCCAAGAUCAACAAGACCAAGGGCCUCCCCGGUGAAGGCACCACCUCCCGCCUCAUCAAGAUCGCCAAGGAGCUCGGCUUCCGUGGUUCUUAUGGCGGUAUCGGCGCCCGUCUGUUCAUGGUUGGUACCCUGACUGCCGGUCAGUUCGCCAUCUACGGUGACGUCAAGAAGGCCCUCGGCGCCACCGGCGGUGUCGAGAUCGCCAAAUAA